AUGCGGAAGCGGAUGGGCCAGGGGAGAGGGGAGAAGAAGAAGAAGAAGAAGAAGAAGAAAAAAAGCCAAAUUAACGAGAAGCAGCUUCAGAAAUUUGAAGAAAUCAUCCGGCCGCAACACCUUAACGGCAACAGCCGUAUGAUCAAGAUAACACUUAUACACAGGACCAUAACUGCCUUCUCCGAUUUUGCGCGACUGAGUAAAAUUCUCAGUGGCCUCCUCAAUUUCUACAAUGCUGUACCGUCUAUACCUCAACGGGAACACACUAUCCUUGUUGUCAGACUCCGCAAGGGUCCGUUUUUCGAUGCCUACUCUAUUUCGGGACUCAAUCUCCGCAAUUCUCUGAGCCACCUUAGCAUUCUCCAUGGCUGCUUUGUACUUGGCUUUCUCUUCGACGAAGUCGAAAAAGCAGUGAACGAGCUCAUGUCGCUGAGCUUAGUCCCAUGGCAAGCGGAUGACCCCAAACUACUCUCAGAGCUUAUCGACACUCUCGAAGUGCGAGCCGAAUCCAAGCCAUCUAAGAAUGUGGGCCCCAUUUCCAUCAUCAUUGCCCUAUCAGUACUCGGGCGGUCGGAGCUUAUGAAAGAUAUAUCUGUAUCUGUUUCGGACAUGUCAAACAUGCUUGCAUUGUACCCUCUCGCCAUAAACGGCGACCUGUUGUCAGAACAUGAAUGCUUCACAUCUAAGUAUCACACCAAGAGAAAAUAA